AUGGGCAGAGAAGGUAGGCGUCGCAAGCGCAACCGUGCGGACUACGAGGAACACAACACCGACUUCGGCUUAGGCGCAACCGUCGCGAUGCUCAAUGGAUCGAACGCCACGUCGCCAAACUCGGACGCUGCCAACCAAGAAAAGGGCGAGGAAGAUGGAUGGCAAAAAAUUGGCAAGAAUGGGCGUCCUGAACGUCCGGAGAAGAGGGCGAAAUCUAGCAAGCGAUCCUACCCUGCCAUCACCCACUCGUCGCAUGCUCGAAUUCAGAAUCGUGUCAGGAUCAGCGACUUCCAAACUCUAGCGUUGUAUUUGCUUGUUGAUGAUGGAACUGCCCCUCAAUGGAUCUCUUGUCAGCAUCAUCAUGCGGUUAAAAAGGUUGUUGUGCUGAUGGUGCCUGGCUUGGAGGCUGCUAUGUUUGAUGGCAAAAUACCUCUUGAGCCUCCCCAAGUAGCACCCGAAUCCGCCGAAGACGCUGCCAAACCCGAGUCUGUCGAGCACAGCACGGGACACAAGAGCUCCAAGAAAGGCAAGCCUGACGUGCCGCAGAGGCGACUUCACAUAUCCCCAGAUGAUUACUACCCUGUCAAGCUUAAUUCUGAACAGCUUCCAGAACCACUGAGGCCGCUUGCAGUUAUAUUCCCUCACAUCUGGCCUGUCAGAACUCCUGGGGAUGAGAAGACAAUGCGCAUACAUUCUCCAAUGCAAGCCAUGCUAUCGGCGCCUAUUCCAUUAACACCGGAGGAGAAAUUGAUGAAGAGAGACAAACGACACAAGGGCCCCAUCCCUCAAAAUAACAAGGCCUGGAAGAAUGAUCGCACCGCUAUUACAGAGUACGUCGCAAAUCUCGCAGAAUUGCAAGAAAACGAAUAUGUCAUUCAUCCUGCAUGGUUUCCAGCUGGACCACGACAAUCGGACGCCCUUGCGAGGAGGAAGGCUGCAAAGCAAUCUGCAGACGAUGGCUGGGUUGACACAAACGUCUCGAGAUUAGAAGACGGAGAAGUCCCUGAGAACGAGAUUGAAAGUGGAAGCAUCACCGCGGGAAGAAAUGUAAUCACAAUGGAUUGCGAGAUGUGCAGAACUGAAGAAGGCACAGAGCUUACGCGCAUCAGCUUGGUUUCUUGGGAUGGUGCUAUAAUAAUGGACGAAUUGGUCAAGCCGGCAUCGCAAAUCACUGAUUACCUUACCGCAUAUUCUGGAAUCACGCAAGAACUAUUACAAAACGUCACUACUAGUCUAUCUGAUAUACAGACGCGCCUUUUGGAGCUAAUCACACCGCGGACUAUCCUCGUCGGUCAUUCUCUCAACUCGGACAUGAAUGCACUAAAGAUGACUCAUCCCUUUAUUGUCGACACAUCGAUCAUCUACCCCCAUGCACGCGGGCCGCCGUUCAAGCAAUCCCUGAAAUGGCUGUCGCAAAAGUAUCUUUCCCGGGAGAUCCAGAAGAACCAUGGCCAAACCGGCCACGACAGCAACGAGGACGCACGUGCUUGUCUUGACCUGGUCAAGCAGAAGUGCGAGAAAGGGCCGAAAUGGGGUACCAGCGAAGCCACCACAGAGUCGAUUUUUAAGAGGCUGGGCAGGUCUCCGAGACCGCACCAUCUCCAGGCGACUGGAGAAGAGUUCAGGUCGGGGGCGGUCGUCGAUUGGGGCGAUCCAUCACGCGGCUAUGGAUCCCUCGCGCGCGUGGCGAUCGGCUGUGAAAACGACGCUGAUGUAGUAGAAGGGAUUAAGAAAGCUAUAGAGGGAAAGGACUUCGACGAAGCUCCUGCUAGCGGUGUAGACUUUGUCUGGGGCCGACUGCGCGAGCUCGAGGCUAAGCGAGGAUGGUGGACCAGGAGCAAGACAGACGACAAUGCGGAACUCCGGGAAAAUGCCAUGGUGUCAUUGUCAGGCGCAAAGGACGCGGCGGGCGAGGCCAGCGGGCCAGCGCUUUACGAGGCAGUCGCCAAAACGGUUGGUGAUAUUGCGGCGAUAUUCGAGUCACUGCCACCUUGCACAGCAUUCAUGGUCUAUAGCGGCACAGGCGACCCGCGGGAGACGGCGCGCCUACAGGCAAUGCAGCAGCGAUUUCGCGCCGAGUAUCAGGUCAAGAAAUGGGACCAGCUCAGCGUCAAGUGGACGGAUAAGGAAGAGCAGGCGCUGCGCAAGGCGUGCUGGCAGGCGCGCGACGGCAUUGGGUUCGUCGUGGUGAAGUGA